AUGACUAAUAGAAUAUAUGUUACUGUGGGUGCAACUGUACCAUUUCCAAAAUUAAUCAAUCAGGUAAUAUCCAAUCUAGAUAAGAUAAUACUACUAGAAGGAACUGGGAAUACCGAGUUUAUAAUUCAAUAUGGUAGAAACUAUACCCAACAAUUUAUUGAUGCCAUAAAGAAGAGUUAUGAAGGAGAAACUGGUCAAGAUUGUAACAUAAUAAGUCUGGAUGACACUACAGUUGCUGACAAUAGCAUAGAGAAGGAUGAUUUGUACGAGCUUUAUUUCAAAUAUUUUCGAAACAAGGAUAAUAACAAUAAGUGCCUUUAUGUGACGAUACCUAGAUUUAAGAAGCUAAAAAUAUUGGGGUUUGAACUAUCUGGAUAUAUAAAUGAAUUAUUAUAUGAUUAUCAACCAAACAUAAUAAUAACACAUGCAGGCACUGGAUCGUUAUUAGAUGGAUUGAGGUUAGCAGGAAGAAAACAAAAACCUAAAAGAUCUAUAAUAUGUGUUAUUAACGAUGAAUUGAUGGAUAAUCAUCAAGUUGAUAUUGCAAAGAAAUUUAGUGAAUGUAAAUAUGUUAAAAGUUGUUAUCCUAGCGAGAUGGGAGAUUUAUUUAAAAAUAUGUGUGGGGGUAAUUUUUCAUUUUCAGUUGGUUCAGGUGGUGAUGAUAUUGUUGAAUUUCCAAGUGGUUAUAAUAAACAGUUUGAAAAUGAAGUAUUGUUAGGUUAA